AUGCAUGAUCCAGAACAAAAUAUAAGAGUAAACAUUAAACCCACAAAUUGCGAACGAGAUUUAGGCGUUCAAAGAGAUUCAAACUUGUUAUUUUCAAAACACACAACUAUUCAAGUUAACAAAGCAACACAAAUAAUAGGAAUAAUAAAAAGAACAUUUACAUUUUAUCAAGAUUUAUCAUGCUUCAAAAAACUAUUUACAGCUCUAGUCCGUCCGCACAUAGAAUACUGUGGAACAGUUUGUAACCCUGUACUUCACAAAGACAAACGACAAUUAGAAAGUGUUUUAAGAAGAGCUUCAAAAAGAAUUAAAGAGUUAUAUGACCAAUCAUAUAAACAAAGAUUAUUGGCCCUAAAUAUGACAACUGUUAAAUAUAGGCUACUUCGCGCAGAUCUAAUUAACGUUUAUAGAUGGUGCAAAGAAAACAAUGGUGAUAGAAGUCUGUUUGAAAUUGAUAGCCAAUUUAUUACUCGUGGUCAUAUCUAUAAACUAAAAAAACAUUCUUUCUGA